AUGACUAAGGUGGCGCCACUGGAGAUGUUUCCCAAUAAACUGAGCCACAAGAAAUACAGAGCCGCCCUAAAGAAGGAAAAACGAAAGAAACGUCGCCGGGAACUCGCUCGACUGAGAGACUCAGGACUAUCACAAAAGGAAGAGGAGGAUGCUGCUAUUAUUGAAAAACAGUUAAAAGAAGAGAAGCUGUUGCAGAUAGAGAGGCAAAACUUACAUGAGGAGUGGUUGUUGAGGGAGCAGAAAGCACAAGAGGAUUUCAGAAUAAAGAGGCAAAAGGAAGAGGCAGCUAGAAAACAGCAGGAAGAACAAGAGGAAUCUAUACAGAAGAUGCUGGAACAGGCUGAAAAUGAGUUGGAAAGUGGUGCCACAUGGCAAAAUCCAGAACCACCCACAGACUUAAGAAUAAUGGACAAAGAUAGAGCUACUUGUCCAUUCUACAGUAAAACGGGAGCCUGCAGAUUUGGAGAUAGGGAAGAAGAAUGUCAAGCAGCCCUUUCUCUGUUUAAUGGACGAUGGUAUGCUGGACGACAGCUUCAGUGUGAAUUCUGCCCAGUGACCCGAUGGAAAAUGGCAAUUUGUGAACAAAGGCCACAUGGUCACCUUAACAUAUCUCGCACGGAUAACCAACAAGCUUUCAUUUUACUCUCUCAAAGAGGUGGCUGGCCCCCUGGAUUCUACCGAAUCGACAGUUUUUCCCUCCUCAGCGCCCAGGGCCCUAGGAGAAGGCUGAAGGGCUCGGAAAGCUACGAGGUAGUACGAGGUGGUGCCCAAAACUGA